AUGGCGAAGUUGCAUGAAUGUCCGUAUGCUCCAACCGAGGCUUCGUUUCAGCAGCAUUGGAAGAAGCUAAAAGGAACAGGACGAUCUGGAAUAAAUAAUUUCUUGGAAGAUAUGCCACCAAAGCAUUGGGCCAAUGCAUAUUUCAGACGGUAUGGGGAGAUGACCUCGAACGCUGCAGAAUCGUUUAAUAAAUGGAUACUUGAUGCCCGUAAUUAUCCAAUCACAAGGUUGGUUGAUACAAUCAGAAAUCAAAUAAUGACUAUGAGGGCUGAGCACAAAGUUUUGGCUACUAAUUGGAAUGGUUUACUUUGUCCGAAAAUGGAAAGCCAUGUUAGGGAGGCGUACUCCACUGGUUGCACAUGGAUUGUUAGCCAGUCAAAUGAAGACAUAUAUGAGGUCCAUUCAUUUCCGACGGUGUUGGUAGACGUUGGCAAGCGUUCAUGUUCUUGCUUCCAGUGGCAAUUGAACGGAUUUCCAUGUGUACAUGCGGUGGUUGCAAUACAGAGUAGUGGAAGGGAUUUCAGUACAUUUGUUGAACACUUUUUCACUGUGGAUCAGUAUAAAGCCGCUUAUUCUAGAUACAUUCAGCCAAUACCAACAGUUGACAAACCCCCCUUUUCGGAAGACGACUUCAUCAUAUAUCCACCGGUAGUUAAACGUCCUGCGGGGCGACCCAAGAAGAAUCGAAUACCAUCUCGGGGAGAGAAACUAAGUCAGAUUAGGUGCGGUCGAUGUGGGCACAUGGGCAGCCACAACCGAAAGACAUGUAAAGAACCAAUUUAG